UAAACACACAGUGAGGAGUGACUGAUGUCUGGACUGCGCUCUCAGAGAAGGAGGAAAACAGUAAGGACUUACAUGAAUAUCCUGUGCCAGUCGUUUGUGUGGAAGUGUGGUAGACAGGUGUACUUUGGAGCGUUGGCUCAGGUUAUUUGUCAGCUCACUGUGGAAUAAUAAGGGACUGAAUUUGGAUUGACAUAUGGCUUCAUUCAUUCUCCUUCUAUUCCAAUAUAUUCUGCUACAGGCCUUUGCAGCCACAGGAUCAGUGUUACUAGAUGGGGAGAAAGCUGACAGCAUUUUGCGGAGACACAGGCGAGCAAACACAGGACUGUUUGAGAAGUUUCUGAAUGGGAAUGUGGAGAGGGAGUGUAUGGAGGAGAAGUGUGCCCUGGAGGAGGCCAGAGAAGCCUUUGAAAAUGAUGAAAAGGCAAUGGAGUUUUGGGCAGGUUAUGUUGAUGGGGACCAGUGUAAAUCAUCACCCUGUCAAAACCGAGGCACUUGUGAGGACCAGAUGGGCACAUACACCUGUAACUGUCUACCAGUGACUGCCAAAAUGUGUGAUGUUGAUAAUGGAGGCUGUGAGCAUUUCUGUGUUGUGAUGGAGUCUCAUGGGACAGGGUGUCAGUGUGCAUCCGGUUACAGACUUAAAGAAGAUGAAUUCACGUGUGAACCUAUAGUUAAGUUUCCAUGUGGCAAAGUCAGUAAAACAGCUGUGAGAACUUUUGCCAGCGGUCCCACCUCUGGCACAUCUGCACAGUCUUCCUAUAAGAAAAUCAAAUCCACAUCCAGCACUUCCAAACCGGACAAUUGGACAACCUCUACAGAUUCUAAACAAAAAGGCAGCAAAAUCCCGCCAUCUCAUGUUAAACUCCCCGAAUGGGUCUUUGAUGAGUAUUUGAUGUCUCCUGAACCAACAGUAAAUGCCCCAAAAAGUCAUAUUGUUGGUGGCAAUCCAGCUUUACCUGGAGAAAUCCCUUGGCAGGUGGCGCUGGUGGCGCGCUCAACACAGCAGGUGUUCUGUGGAGGCUCCAUUCUCAACCAGGUAUGGGUCAUUACUGCAGCCCACUGUCUGGUAGGAAGCCAGAAUGGAUCCUUCUACAUCAGAGUUGGGGAGCAUGACGUCUCCAAGACUGAAGGCACAGAACAGAAUCUGAACGUCACCCGUUUCAUCUCACAUCCCCGUUAUGAAUCCAAAUCUGGAUCUCUGGCUACUGUCAGUGGUUGGGGCCGUCUGCGCUUCCAAGGCCGAAGUGCAGUGACUUUACAGAAGGUUGAGUUGCCUUAUGUCGACAGAACAGUGUGUAAGGAAAGCAGCAGUGACCUGAUCACAUACUUCAUGUUCUGCAUUGUCAGUUGGGGAGAAGAAUGUGCCAAGAAAGGGAAGUACGGUGUGUACACCCAGGUUGGUAACUAUUAUCGUUGGAUACAGCACGUCAUCGGAGUUACAAAGGGAGUAUUGCUUAAAAAUGUGGACCUGUGA